AUGGCAGAUGGUACCUACAGGUUCCAGCAGCCUGGGGCCGGGCAAUUUUACUUCCAAACUCAAGCACAACAGAACCCUCAUCAGCGACACAUCGUUCGAAACGGGACCAAUUCCCCGACUGGUCGACUGAAAUUCAACCCUGACACCCCGUCCCCCUCUCGGUCCCCUGCCCUCAACCAGGCUGCUGCUAUCACACCGUUCAACAAUAUGUACGGACAAACACACCAAGGUCAGCAUGUCAUGAUGAAUGGCGGUCAAGCCCACCAGCGCUUUGGCAUGCAGAUCCCGAAAUUCCAAUCGCAAACCCACCACUCUCACCACACCCAGCAGCCACACCAUCACAAUCACCAUACACAAGCGACGCACACUCUCACUCAUCAACACAACUUCGCUGCCGGCGGACUCGCAACUUCCUCAGCCUCGCAUUUCACAUCUGCCCACCUCCAAAACGGAGUGCCGACCGCGGUCGAUGAUGAUUUGGACGAUUCAAUGAACGAGCAUUGGCAGCAGCAGCUCCAGCUCGCGGCCGAGUCCCGACAAGCCACAUCUCCCCACUACUAUGCUCGCGUUAUCGCGCAACAAACAAAGGGUAUCCAACUCAUCUCCAACCAGGACUCGGAAAAUGGAACAGAUGGGGGGAAACCGCAAGGCUGGAAUGCGCUGGAUUUCGGCGGCCAGGGAUUACGCGCCUUGACAACGUCUCUCUUUAACUACGACUUUGUUGAGAAGCUUUAUCUCAAUUCCAACAAGCUCAAGGUGCUUCCUCCGGCCAUUGGCAAGCUGCGCAAGUUGACUCAUCUGGACCUUUCGGGUAACGAAUUGACCGAGCUGCCAGAAGAGCUUGGUAUGCUUUCAAACCUGAAGAAGCUUCUCCUUUUCGACAACAACAUUCGCACUCUUCCAUAUGAGAUGGGAUACCUCUAUCGGUUGGAAACCCUGGGCAUUGAGGGCAACCCGCUCAACGAUGUUCUCAAGUCUCAAAUCAUGAAGGAUGGUACCAAAGCUCUGAUCAAGUAUCUCAAGGAAGAGAUGCCAGUCCACCUCCCUCCUCCCGAUCGUGACUGGGUCAUCCUUGACGAUACUUCCACCACCUCCAACAGCACCGCGGAAAAGAUAACCGUUCUGUCAUACAACACUUUGUGCGACUCCUCUGCCACUCAAUCCCACUAUGGAUACGUACCAUCACGUGUCUUGUCCUGGGAAUUCCGACGCGAGCUUAUCUUGAAUGAAUUACGAUCCCACAACUCGGAUAUCGUCUGUCUCCAGGAAGUCGAUCAGGGAAGCUACAACAACUUCUUCCGGGAGCAGCUUGCCUACAAUGACUACAAAGGUGUCUAUUGGCCCCGCGGACGUGCAAUGGGUAUGCAGGAGGAAGACGCUCGGAGCGUGGAUGGCUGCGCUACUUUCUUCAAGGGUAGCAAGUACAUCCUCUUGGACAAGCAAUUGAUCAACUUCGGUCAAACAGCUGUUCGUCGACCCGACGCCAAGGGCCAGGAUGAUAUCUACAACCGACUUUGGCAGAAAGAUCACAUUGCCGUCGUCAUCUUCUUGGAAAACCGACAAACAGGUGCCCGCUUCAUCAGUGUCAACGCUCACCUGUACUGGGACCCUGCCUUCAAGGAUGUCAAGCUUAUUCAGACGGCUAUUCUGAUGGAGGAGAUCACCAAGCUCUCAGACAACUAUGCCAAAUGGCCUGCUUGCACAGACAAGACAGCAUUCCGUUUCUCAGAAGCCGAAAGCGGCGCCGAGGAUGCACCUGUCGUAGAGCCAGCGCCAUCAAUGGAGUACUCCUCCGGCGAUCAAAUCCCUGUUCUCAUGUGCGGUGACUUCAACUCUUCCCCAGGAUCUGCCGCCUACAACCUCAUCUCCACCGGAACCCUACCUGAAGCUCAUCCUGAUCUCGAGAAGCGUCUCUACGGAAACCUCAGCAAGGUCGGCAUGAAGCACCCCUUCAAACUGAAGUCUGCAUACUCGUCCAUGGGUGAGCUCAGCUUCACCAACUACACUUCCGACUUCACAGCUAUCCUUGACUACGUGUGGUACUCCUCAAAUACGCUCCACGUGUCGGCUUUGCUUGGCGAGGUGGACAAGGAGUAUCUCCGCCGGGUGCCUGGAUUCCCUAACUUCCACUUCCCCAGUGAUCACGUCGCAUUGCUGGCGGAGUUCACGGUCAAGGGCAAGAAGGGCAAGGUUGUGGAGGCAGACUUCGGGCCGCAACGGCACUAA